CAGACUCACCCUUCCUCUACGCCGGUGGAAAAUUGCUUCCCCUUGGGAUUGUGCAACAAGCAACUGUUUCUUAGCGAAUCUGCAAAGAAAAGCCGUACCAGCUGAUGUAAAAGCAACACAAAGCACAAGAUCCCUACAAGUCCGCGUUGCUUCAUUGAAGUCGCAUGAGUAUCACAAAUAUCACAGGCGAAGGGUCAUAAGAUUUAUUAGUAAAACCAAGAGUGGAAUUGAUGCUACUUCAAUCUUUCAAAAUGUGAUGUCAAUGCAUUAAGCAGAUCAGUAUGGCCUCUGUACUCUCAGGCAGUGAGGAGAAGGACAACUUCCAAAAACUCUGCCGCCUGCUGAUUGAUGGAGGUACCCAGUCCCUGCGGACAUACUUCACGUCAAUCCACCAUCCCACCCCACUUGCAGCAUUUCUAAAUACGCACAAGAAAACCUUGACUAACCUGAAAAGAAGGAGGAAACUCCGGCAAGAGCAGUUUGAUCGACUAUUCCCUGCCAGCGGUGUUCCAUCAGCUAAUGAUUAUGACAUUACACUUCUGUUCCUGUUGCUUCGCCACUUCUCUGGGUUGUCACCACCUGUCAGUACGUCUAGCUGGGAUGUGUUGCCUCCUCCCACUGAUCUUACCAAGGAGGCACACAUGGCCCGGCUGAAAUGGUACAGGAAUGUGUUUGCCCACAUCAAAUCAACUGAAAUGCCAACUGUUCAAUUUAAUCAGUACUGGGUUGAAAUAUCUGAUGCUCUGAUCUCCCUCAGUGGAGUCAGUCAGGGUGAAAUAGACACCCUGAAGGUCACACCUCUUGAGAGAGAUUAUGUAAAGCUUUUGAAUGAGUGGUUUGAUAGAGAUCUAGACUUGUCAAAAGAAGUAAAUGAGACAAAGAAAGAAGUCCAAGAGACAAAGAAAGAAGUGCAUGAGACAAAGAAAGAAGUGCAUGAGACAAAGAAAGAAGUGCAAGAGACAAAGAAAGAAGUGCAAGAGACAAAGAAAGAAGUGCAAGAGACAAAGAAAGAAGUGCAAGAGACAAAGAAAGAAGUGCAAGAGACAAAGAAAGAAGUGCAUGAGACAAAGAAAGAAGUGCAUGAGGUGAAGGGAAAAGUAUCUGAGAUGGCAGUGGACCUAGCAUCACUCAAAGAGGAAUUCUCAAGUAAAAAGGUGAACAGCAAGAAGGACAUCACUGCCACUAAAGGUGAUGAGGCUGCUUCUGGGAAAACAUCCCACGACCCAGGGAAUGAGCGUCUACCAAAGAAAAAAGCGGUUCAAGACUUUAUUGACUAUCUUCAUCUGAGGUACACGACAGGUGAAGAGGUCCUUAUUGAGCCGCUUAAGGACAUAGAGGACGGCAACUUCACGCUGGAGAACAUGUUCUCAGAGCUGGAGAUCGUCAGAAAAGACACCGAUAUCAAGGUGCCGAUGUAUGACGUCUUUACCGCUAGUGAACCAUCCAAGACGGUGCGAAGUGUUCUCCUGGAGGGGGACUCUGGGGCGGGCAAGACCACGUUUUGCAAGAAGAUUGCAUAUGACUGGGCAACAGGGGUCUUGGCCAAAACAGAGUCCUUCCCUCAGGUGGAGCUAGUGCUGUCUUUGAAGUGUAAAGGGAUAAGUUCUAAAGGGUUCCCGCAGGCAGUGCAAGAUCAAUUGUUUCCCGAGGAAUUUAGUGUACAAGAUAGGGUAGAAGUGGUGCAGUACAUCAAAGAAAACCAAAAUAAGGUUUUGAUAAUCCUAGAUGGAUACGACGAGUUACCUUUAGAGGCAAGGGAGAGCAUACAUAAUGUAGUAUGUAAAAAGUUCUAUUCCUCUAGUUACACCCUUUUAACGAGUAGACCAGAAAAGAAGCUCAGCAAAUACUUUACAGGAAGUAAUGCUCUAGAAAUCAAGGGAUUUCUCGAUGUUGAUGACUUUAUCAGCAUUUUCUUUAAUGCAUUACCAGAUUACGCAGCAUUUAUUGUAGAGAUUAUCUCCAAAGGAAUCUCUAAUGUCGAAUUGUGUAAUCCUCUCACCUUGAUUCUCUUCUGUUUGAGUUAUAAGGAUCAUUGUGAGAGGAACAGGGAAAAGGAUUUCUCACAUGGUAUGACCCUUCGAGAACUUUACGAGGAUGUAGCGUACUCACGAAUUAGGAGAUACUUUGAGAAGGAAGACAUCAACUUCGACGAUGACGAUAUUCAAGCGACGAGUUUACAACUAGGAGAAAUUGCUUUUCAUAGUCUUAAGGACAAGGCUAACACCUUUCCACUUCCUAAACUAUCAGAAGUUUUGAAAAAGGUAGGUUUCUUAACACGCCGCAAAUCCCCUAGCACCAUACGAGCAGUAGAAAUGUACUCCUUUGUUCACAAGUCUUUUCAGGACUUUUUCUGUGCUGUGUUUUUAGCUGACAGGCUUGGACAAGGCAUUGUUGAGAGUGUAUUGAUUAAUGAUUUUGGAUUUUACCUCACUGUCAAUCGUUACGACCUCGCUAUGAUGGUAGGAAGUAAUGUGAUGAAAGCCGUGGAAUCUCUCGCAGGCAAAGUACCCGAGUAUCCACCCGAAGGGAUUCCAUGGUGUGAUUGGCGUGAUCACUCUAUUGCUUUCAUGUUGCUGUGUCAGUGUCUGGCGAGAUGCAAACAAUCAGAAAUCGUCAAAGUUUUGGAAAAGGCAUAUUGCCUCCUUCCAUGCAGAGUGCUUUUACAAAUUGAUUUUAAGCCAUGUUAUUCUACGCUGUUAGGAUUGUCAUAUUUGCUAUCGUACGAUUUGUCUCGUUCCCAGAGCCUGCAGACUGUCGGUAGUGUCAGCGGUUUGCGUCCCCUUGGUGAUCUUGCUAUCCUUUUUUUGAAUUAUACAGAUGAGAUCCCUGAUCAAUUUACAAAAGCGUUAGCUUCUUCUCCGAUUCGAAAACUAGAUAUUUUUUGUCCCCCUGGUGCAGGUGAUAUUAUUGUAAAAGCGCUUGUCAGCAUGCUGUCACGUAACGCAUUACAGUCUCUCAGCAUUUUUGAUGGGAUCGGCGAGGCUAAUUUUGGCAAUUUUAUCGAGUCUUUAAAGAAGAACGUUACACUCUCAGAAAUCUGUAUUGCAUCUGCCGGCUUUGAUGAUUCGUGUGCUAUCAAGUUGGCUGAGAUCUUAUCUGAUAACACCAGUCUCACUGACGUUCGCAUUAAUAGUAAAAUCCUGGGAGAUACUGGUAUUAAAAGGCUCGCCAAUGCAUUGAAAGUCAAUAAAACAGUACGAACUCUCGGGAUAGAUGGUGGUAACAUGACGUCUGAAGCAGGCCGUGCUAUCGGUGAAAUGCUGAGACAUAACACUACUGUCACCUCUCUUUUUCUUUUGGGUGGAAGGCUAGGUGAUUCCGGGGCUCGGGGUAUCGCUUUUGGUCUUGAAAAAAACACGACCAUCGAUGACCUUAGCUUAGUGUGUUCUAGUAUAGGCAUCGCUGGCAUUCAGGCAAUUACAAAAGUCAUUCAAAAUGUUACCCGCUUAAAUUUGUCUAGUAACCCGGUAGGGUACGAUGGAGUAAAAGCUAUUGCUAGACUUCUUGUGAAAAGCUGUAGCAGGUUGAAAUUCCUUGUUCUUGAUCAAUGUAAUAUAGAUGUAUAUGGUGCCAGGGAACUCGCUAUAGCUUUGUCAAGGAAUUCAUGUCUCCAGGAACUGUCCGUAGAUUGUAAUGAUAUUAAUGACGAAGGGAUGGGUGCGCUGGCUAAGUCUGUGGCUAGUAAUGAAACAUUACAGGUUCUUUACAUUUCGUACAAUAACGUCGGUCAAAAUGGUAAAAAGGUUAUAAUUAGCGCUUGCGAAACGAGCAAGUCCGUCCGGCAUCUCUACCACGAGUACGACUCUAUUCUCAACACGUGCUCCAAGCCCCACUCGGUCUGUGUAUUUCCUCGUCAAUUAUAUAACACUUUUUUAAUUUUAAAGUUUAAGAGAAUGCAUCAGUUAUACAUAAGAUAUUGUCAAGGUGUAGAACAGCAAGUCGAGAAGCACUUUACUUUUUUGGAUCGAAUGUUAAAUUUGUAAUUUCUUGAGACGUUUAUUUGAAAAUUCUUUGUUUUUUUUAUAAAGUGCAGGGAGUAUAAACCCUCUCCAUCUUGUUUGCCCAUAAAAUUUUGCUUAAAAAUGUCCAACUUGCUUUCAUUUCUAGCAAAAUAGAGUAUUGAAGUCCCCCUCCCCUACAGCCCAGCCAUCUGGCUUGUGGUUAAGGUAUUUGGGGGGGGGGGGGGGGGGAGGUUUUUAUAAUGACCCUCACAGGUGGCUUACACUAGCAUGUCACGUGACCAACUAAAGAGUCCAAACGAGCACCAACUUGUCAAACACGUAGCUGUGACUUGCUCGUGUAGCAUGUCACGUGACCAACUAAAGAGUCCAAACGAGCACCAACUUGUCAAACACGUAGCUGUGACUUGCUCGUGUAGCAUGUCACGUGACCAACUAAAGAGUCCAAACGAGCACCAACUUGUGAAACACGUAGCUGUGACUUGCUCGUGUAGCAUGUCACGUGACCAACUAAAGAGUCCAAACGAGCACCAACUUGUCAAACACGUAGCUGUGACUUGCUCGUGUAGCAUGUCACGUGACCAACUAAAGAGUCCAAACGAGCACCAACUUGUCAAACACGUAGCUGUGACUUGCUCGUGUAGCAUGUCACGUGACCAACUAAAGAGUCCAAACGAGCACCAACUUGUGAAACACGUAGCUGUGACUUGCUCGUGUAGCAUGUCACGUGACCAACUAAAGAGUCCAAACGAGCACCAACUUGUCAAACACGUAGCUGUGACUUGCUCGUGUAGCAUGUCACGUGACCAACUAAAGAGUCCAAACGAGCACCAACUUGUCAAACACGUAGCUGUGACUUGCUCGUGUAGCAUGUCACGUGACCAACUAAAGAGUCCAAACGAGCACCAACUUGUCAAACACGUAGCUGUGACUUGCUCGUGUAGCAUGUCACGUGACCAACUAAAGAGUCCAAACGAGCACCAACUUGUGAAACACGUAGCUGUGACUUGCUCGUGUAGCAUGUCACGUGACCAACUAAAGAGUCCAAACGAGCACCAACUUGUCAAACACGUAGCUGUGACUUGCUCGUGUAAGCCGCCUGUUGUUGCGAGUUGAGUCAGAAUAAAUGAUCAGUUGGAGUGCACUAGGGGUGUUACUACGCAAAGCAUAUUGUCAAAUGCUGUACAUACUUGUAUUUUAGUCACUUUAAUACCUAGGGCAUAUUACAUUGUAUAUAUUGCACGAUGGUAAUAAAAAAGAUGAUAUUGA